GCCCAAAAUGUCAACACAGCGAAGCCACUGACUGCCCAAGAGAAUUCUUAAUCAAUCGUAAUAGUUGAUAAAUUUCAAAGACAGCUGAUAAUUACUGUAAUAAUAUAACCUGUACUAUUGUUACGGAUGAUCACUGAUAAUCUGCUACAGAACAGGUUUUCUUCAGUAUCCUGUAAAUCUUCCUCAGUAACAUAUUCUAGAUAACCUGUUUUGUUAUGAAUGAUCACUGGUAAUCUGUGAAGGAACAUGCUUUCUAUGUAUCGAGUUAACUUUCCUCAAUAACAUACUCUAGAUUCUCCCUCAGAAGAACCUUCCUUCCUUCGACAGUUUUGAUUAGCAUCAGGAUUUUGGGAAAUGUAUGUUGUUUAAUGGUACUACAUGGAACAUUACCAAUAGCAACUCUUAAAGUGUAUGAGACAACAGUGAAUUAUUGUAUGCAUAUUUAACAAAUUUAAACAACAAGUAAAAUUUGUUUUGAAUAUUAGAUUCAUACAUCAGCAGUGACAUCUGGUUGUAGUCUUUCAAGAUAUUGUACUUAAUUUUUAACAGAUUUAUUCAGUAAUUAUUUGUAAACAAUUGUGGGUUAAGAGUUGUGAAUUGAACACAUUGUCAUUACAGAACAGGACAGGACAUAAGGCUAAAAUGAAUCCAGAACAUUCUUUAGAAUUUCCUUUGAAAAGUGAAACUGAAGGUGCAUUAUCACUACCUUCCAUAAAUCAAGAAAACAGCAACUUGGCUGCCUUUAGUGGAACCAGUGAUGGAGACUUUUUGUUUCUGGAUCCAUUGAUGGACAUCAAAGUAGAACCAGAGGAAUUCUGUGAGUCUAAUGAAGAUGAUCGAAUAUUCAAACGAAAUGAAUUCAAUAGUGAAUGAAAAACAACCACAAACUUGCAAAAAGGAAGUAAAACAAGAAAGAAAGAUUAGUCACAAUGGAGAGAAGCCUUUCAAAUCAACUGACUGUGAAAAAGCAUUUUACAAGAAAAUUAAUUUUACAAGGGAUAUCACAAAUCCUACCAGAGAGAAAUUCAUAUGCAAUGACUGUGGGAAAGCAUUUUCCUGGAAAAAAAAUCUUAUAGUCCAUAUGAGAAUCCACACUGGAGAGAAUCCAUUCAUGUGCAAGGAAUGUGGGAAAGCAUUUUCCCAGAAAUCAGAUCUUACAGUUCAUAUGAGAAUCCACACUGGAGAGAAACCAUUCCUGUGCAAGGAAUGUGGGAAAGCAUUUUCCCAGAAAUCAGAUCUUACAGUUCAUAUGAGAAUCCACACUGGAGAGAAACCAUUCCUGUGCAAGGAAUGUGGGAAAGCAUUUUCCCGGAAAUCAGGUCUUACAGUUCAUAUGAGAAUCCACACUGGAGAGAAACCAUUCCUGUGCAAGGAAUGUGGGAAAGCAUUUUCCCGGAAAUCAAAACUCACACUUCAUAUGAGAAUCCACACUGGAGAGAAUCCAUUCAUGUGCAAGGAAUGUGGGAAAGCAUUUUCCCGGAAAUCACAUCUUACAUUUCAUAUGAGAUUGCACACUGGAGAAAAUCCAUUCCUGUGCAAGGAAUGUGGGAAAGCAUUUUCCAGAAAUUCAAACUCAAUUCAUAUGAGAAUUCCACACUGGCGAGAACCAUCUGUGCAAGGGAAUGUGGGAAAGCAUUUUCCCAUAAAAUCAGUCUUUCAGUCAUAUGAGAAUCCACACUGGAGAGAAUCCAUUCAUGUGCAAGGAAUGUGGGAAAGCAUUUUAUCAGAAAUCAGAUCUUACAGUUCAUAUGAGAAUCCACACUGGAGAGAAUCCAUUCCUGUGGCAACGGAAUGUGGGAAAGCAUGUUCCAAGAAACCACAUCUUCAAGUCAUAUGA